ACUGCAGCGGCUGAUCCAGUGGUCCUCCCUGUCAUCCCACUUACUAUAUACUUUCAUGCUCAGUCAGCAAUGGUAAUGUCGUAUGUUCCCUUUUUCAUAUCCUCACCCAGACAGGAUAAAGGUGGGACAGGCCAGACUACAUAGAAGGCAGUGCUUGAAUAUGGAACCUACCCCUGAGGGCAGGGGACACCUGACCCAUGAAGCGGCAGGGAGGCCUCAAGCACAAAAGCCAUAAGCCUGAUGGAACACUGCAGCCAGCUUGAGUUUGGGCUCAGCUGCACUCUUGGGAAGCCAAGGAAGCAGUGACAAUUGGACAAAACAUCCCGACUUAAACCCCAUGUCAAAACAAGGAUCUUCUGCUCCUGGGCAUUGUGGGGAUAAUUUUCCUGUGGAGCUCAUAAUUGAAGCCAAACUUGGCUUUGCCCUGGUGGUACUGGGGCCAGCUCCUUUCAGUUUUUCUGUCUUUCCUCAUAAAACCAACCACCACUCCUAACAGCACCAUCCACCCCCCGCACCACCACCUCUUUAAUCUGCUCCACUUAAUUCUGGUGGCUACAAGAGGGAAUACGGCCUUUGACCUUCCUUCACUAUAUUGAAUAUUAUGUUUUAUGUACAAUAAUCUCCUUACACUAGUAAAUCUGGGUCAGCAGCAUCUAUCCCUCCUAACAAAGGGACUAACAGAAAGAGGUGCCCUUCAUUUGUCCUGCGUUACACAAGUGAGGCCCCCACCACCCUGGCCAGUGGACAAAGUUGCCACAGUAUCGCCUGCACCGUGGGGUGUGACUCAGCUGCCUUCACGUCCUCACCAGUGCUCCAGGGCUCUGGCCCUGGCACCUCCUCUGUAUUGGCAGCCCCAGUGUCGUGGCAGGGACACACCCUCAGAUGUCAACAGUACCCUGCAUACCUGGAAAAGGCGUGGCACCAGGACCUUGCAUCUAUCUGAGGCUUCCCUGCCCUAGGGACCCUCUGGGGUUCCCUUCUCCCCAGCAGUUCAGGCUGGCUCUGCCCAGCCGUGGCCCCCGGGUCCUCCCUGGUGAGGCCGCCAUCUUGGCGAGAAGCAAGUGGGAAGUCCCAGUGGACCGGGAUCCCCAUGCGCGCGCUUCUCGAGUCACGAGGGCAGGGCGAGGCGCAGCGCGGAAGAAAGGGCCCUGGGGCCUUCGAAAUAGGAGGGAACAGUGCCCUGGAUCCCGGCGAGGGCCUGGACCUUAGGAACGGGGAAGGAUGGGAGAAUGGGCAGAAGCAGCAGUAACCGUGUCCAACACCACCUCCACAUGGCGUGCCUCCAUUGCGCUCCCCGUCAGCCCUCCCCAGUCAGCCCAUCCUAGGCCUCAGCCCUGUCGCCUUCCUUCUGCUAGCUGGCUGACCCCACUCUCACGGGAAGAGCGGCCUAUCGCUCCCAGCUCCCUGCCCCGAACCACCCGUGUGCGCGGACCUCGCGGGCCAGCGUGGCCUUGGCCGAGCAGGGGGCGGGGCGAGCGGCGGUGACGCGGCCGUUGCCAUGGAAACUCGCCGCCCGUUAGCUCUCUGGAGCUGGAGCCCGAGCGGCAGCCGCCCGCCUCAGGCUCUCUCUGCCAGCCGUGCGGCCAGGCCCGCGGUGUGGUCGGGGGAGCCGGGCGGCAGAGAAGGAAGGAGCAGGUACGGCCUCCCAGCUGGGACCGGUAAGCCGAAGCCCUUGAGCCGCUCGCUGCCGCCGUGACCGCGAGGAACAAGGACGAGCGCGGAGCAGCGCCUGCCCAGCCCCCGGAACGCGCUCCCGGCCCAACGCCCAGACACGGACCGUGCUAGCCGCCCCCGCCCCAGUGCCGCCCCACCUCAGCCCGGCCCGCGCCCUGGACGCCUCCGCACCUCGGGCCGGCUCCGGUUCAGUCCCAGUAGCUCUUCUCCGCCCCCGCCGCAGCCUCCGCCGCAGCCGCAGCCUCCGCCACAGCCUCCGCCUCCGCCCCCGGCCCCACUCCGCCCGCGACCCCAGCCGGGGCCCCGACCCCGGCCCUGCCCGCGGUCCCGGCAACCUCCCCUCCGGCCCCGUACCCGGAGGCCCAGCCGUGGGCACGAUGCUGCCCAGCUCCAUCCAGAUUUCGGGGGAGCCGCUGUCCGGCGCCGAGGUGCGGGACAUCUGCCGCGGCCUGCGCGACAACGCCGUGCGCCUGCUCUCGCUGCGCGGCUGCCGCCUCUGCGACCGCGACUUCGGCCGCAUCUGCCGGGCCCUGGCCGGGGCCACGUCCCUGGCGCAGCUCAACCUUAACCUGGGCGUCGUGUCCAGCCCCAGCCGCAUCAAGCAGCUGGCUGAGGCUCUGCGGACCAACCGCUCCAUCCAGUCCCUCUUCCUGCAUGGGAGCCCCCUGACAGAUGCGGGGCUGGCCUUGCUGAACCCAGCCCUGGCCCUCCACCCUGCCCUCGUGGCUCUGGACCUGGGGGACUGCAUGCUGGGUGAUGAAGCCAUCAACCUCAUCUGUGGUCUCCUGCCCCCAGACGGGGCCAAAUCUGGCUUGAAGGAGCUAACGCUGAGUGCCAACCCUGGCAUCACCCCUAAGGGCUGGAGCCGCCUCGCCAUUGCUGUGGCCCACAGCUCCCAGGUCCGCGUCCUCAAUCUGGAUUACAACCCCCUGGGUGACCAUGUGGCAGGAAUGCUGGCUGUAGCUGUGGCCUCCAGUCGUACGCUAGAGGUCCUAGACUUGGAGGGCACAGGGCUCACCAACCAGUCAGCUCAGACCCUGCUGGACAUGGUAGAAAAUUACCCCACAGCUUUGCGGAGCCUGGUGUUGGCUGAAAACAGCAUUAGCCCAGAGCUGCAGCAACAGAUCUGUGACCUCCUCUCUGAGGGAGAGGAGGAGGAGGAAGUGGCAGGAGGGGCUGGCGACACCCAGGAAUGGGAGAGAGGGCGGGAGCCUGCUGCCACCCACCAGAGGGGCAGCAGCUCCUGGAUGUGCCCCAGUGAUCCCAGCUCUCAGAUGGUGCUAAUGACGUCAGGACUAGGGGACAGUCUGUUGGCUGAGACCGAGAUGUGACUCUCCACUGGGCCUCUGCACACUAUUUCACUUGGCUAUUGUCCAAGCCCCUUGCCCCAGAUCAGGCUCAGGCCCUGGGGCUUGGGAGGGAACUGGGGCUAGGGGCUGCAUGGGGGCUCUGGCAGCUCCUGGCAGUGUGGUGGGAAGGAAGCUCUGGAAGCCGUGACUGAGCAACAGCCUUGGGGGGCACUUGAACCCAAGGCAAUGCCUUUGAACUUGGCAGCUCUGGCUGCAACCCGCUGGCUCGGAAAAGAUUUUAUGAACUCCACAACCUGGCGUGUGGCUGUAGUCACUGGGGGCCGGCAGUAGGGGAGGAAUUGGAACUACCAGUAAGCACCACUAGGGGGCAGUAGCAUCACACAGUCCAAGCGUGUGGCUUCGUGAACUGUCCAGAAUCUCUCAAAAUAGGCCUGGCCUAGGCCUAGGACCUGGGCUUCUGGGGCAAUACCUUACACAAGCCCCAUGAAGAUCUGGUCCCUGCCUCUGAGGGAAGACUCAGGGACCCUGCUAAGGUUAAGGUACCCCCCGCUUCCACUCCCUGAUGCUCUGUGCCCAGGGAAACCCUAGGUAGAGUGGGGCAAGGGGAGUCACUAGUCAACUAGGAUGAGACCAGGACUGGGAAUACUCACGAAUGGGGAGAAGAGUGGGAACGGGAAGGUCAUUAAGACAAGUUAGGCCAUACCAGUAAAAUAGUUUUAUUUGA